UACAUAUAAUAAAUCGCAAACAUAACUAAUAAAUCGUAAAAAUACCUUCUUUUGAAGACUCAAGCGAUUCCGGCGAUGCAAUAUGACGGGGGCAUCUGUUCUCGGCACUCCUUUAGAGUCCUUGGCAGGAAUGAAGACUUAUAUAAUUUAAAUGUUAACCAAUGCCUUUCUGCUCAUUUGUUGCUACAGAUUCUACUUGCAAGGAGCAAUAUGACUUGACUUUGUAAGUGAUGGGUUUAUUCAAAGUUUUACUUAUAUACCAGCAUGAAAUUUACAAUGCACAACACGACGUAGUGAUACGGCGUAAAUAUAUCUAAGUCCUUUCGUGAUGUAGGGCACGAUUUGAGCGGAAUGAGGUAACUGCGUUCCAAAUCAAUACUUGGAAAGAGUGUGAACAAGUUUACAAUAUAAUCAGAAACUCAUCAAAAAGGGUAUUAAAAAAUUUAAUGUUUAUCCGAUUGAAAGAUAACUCCCGAGUCUUCAAGUUCUUGUCCUGGCUUCAGUAUUAAAAACAUAUUUUUAGUCUCGAGUAGAUUAAAGAUGAAUUCGUCCCCGGAUGUUAACCACUUACUCUGCGGGUGAAAUUUGGCAGUAAAGGCAAAAUAUCGAAUAUACCAGAACUAAAUGGUCUUUUUUUCUGAAAUUCAGAACCAGAGAAAACAAAGCCUACGACCUUGACGUAGGAUCCGAAAAUACUCCUGUCUACUGUGUAAUGGUCGACACUGGAAUGGGAACAUGUGGUGGAGGUGGAUGGACUCUGGUCAUGAAGAUUGAUGGAACACAGCAAACUUUCCACUACAAUUCCAAUCUCUGGAGCAACAAAGAAGCAUUCAAUAUAGUAGGAGGGGAGACUGGGUUUGACACACUUGAGACCAAGCUACCGACAUAUUGGAACACACCCUUUUCCAAAAUCUGUCUCGGUAUGAAGAUCCCAGGCGAGGAGAGCACGAACUUUAUCACCAUAAACGAGGCCGCUGAUUCGCUGCAAUCAUUGAUUGCUGACGGGCAAUUCCGAGCCACAUCCCUGGGUCGUGACACGUGGAAAACGCUCUUUGGUUCCCAAGGCUCCUUGCAGGACAACUGUAACAGAGAAGGGUUUAAUGCAGAAUGCCACGAACUGGGCGGAACCAAAGCAAGAAUCGGUAUCAUUGGAAACAACGAAAACCACUGCCGCACUUGUGAUUCCAGAAUCGGGUUUGGAACAGGAGGGCGUCAUGACGACUCCAACACUUGUGGCAUUGAAGCAGUCGCUGCACCAGAUAAUGGAGACAGGCACAUCAAGGCCAUGGGAUAUAUCUUAAUUCAGUGACCUCGCAUGCUAGUUAUGAAAUGACGGAUGAUGGUGCAACUAGGGAAAUGCUAGUUUUUUUUUGCUUUUUUGUUUUGUUUUUUUAAUUAACUGAUAUCGCUAACUUGACAUAGCGAUAUCGAUACACAUCGCACAGCAAAAGAAAUUGUUAUUCUACUAUUACGCAAUUACCCCACGUUAAGUCAAGGGAACGCGCAAAAUAUGAGCCCUUAUUGCACCAUAAAGUCAUAUUUUGUUUUGAGAUGUAUUUCAAAAACUAGAAGCCGAAAAACGGGAGAAAAUACGACAUAUACUUUGCAACAGUGGAGUACUAAAUCGAUAAGGUUGUUUGUUUAAAGUGACUAUCCCAAAGAGUCUAAAGCUUACAGUCAAAAGGUCUGCGGGAUCCAGGUAUUCCGUUUUGGAAAAGCCACGUUUCAGUUAAAGUUAAUAUAGAGAUCCACGAUAUGGACAUUAUUUCCGUUCCCAAUUUUCCAUGAAGAAUGGAACGAACAAAGACCAAGGCUUUUAGCUUUGUGGGGCUUUCAAAAGAACUGUUGAUCCAGAUUUGCUCCACAAAGAGUCGUCAUUUACUUAUUUAUUUCUGUUUAAUUUUAAAUUUCUCUUGAAGAUUUCCCACGAGGAAUGGGUUGUUGAUCGAGGUCAUAGAAUAAUCUCUGUUCCAAAUUUAACGAGUUUCGUAAUUAUAAAAGCUUCAUCAGACGAGUGGAUUGGGAACUUUUCGUUUCUGCUGCAAUCUGAGGACGUUUGUAUUUACUCAACCAUUCGGGCAUUACCCAAUGCCCUGAACUCUUUUUUGCUUUUUAAUAACGGCAUCAUGGAAUUUCUUCCCACAAGUCUCAAGAUGCCCGCACGCCUACGUUAAAAGCACUUCAACAGUGGCGUUCGAAAUCAAGUUUGUAGAAAUAUACAAUAAUUAUCGAGCAGUUUAAAAACAAACAAAAAAAAGCCUAAAAAAGCGAUAAAUCAAGUGCUUCUUAGCAGUUACAAACGAAGCUGGCAUUACAAACACAAGUUCCUGGAUUAUACAAAUGUACUUCGCUUUGGGUAUCAUUGUUCUGUCUAUUGUACCAUGGGCGCAUCGUAAUACAAAAUAAGGUUUGACGUGUAAAUGGUACAUGAAAACAUGAAGGAGAGAUAGAGGAUUUAGUUCCGUUAACUUUGUUUCCUUCGUGUGUAUAAGUCACAAGUGAAACAUUAAGGUAGUCACUUGUUGAUAUUGCUUUUAUUUUUUUCCAAGUUUGAGUUUCUCACAAGCUUAGGCGUCUACAUUUGAUCGUUGCUAAUAAUUAUAAAUUUAUAGUUUGUCUUGUGUUGGUCUUGUGAUCUCAGUUUUGUUCUUUGUUUUGUCUAGGUUCGAUCACUAGAUUUUCACAAAAACAUUAAGGCUAGAUUUCAAUUAAGAAUUACUAUUCCACAUCGUUUUCAUUGGCUGAUUGUCAGUUAAGUUGUCUUCGGCCCGCUGGUGUAUCUGGUUUUUGUCCAAGUUAUACCAUUGAGUUCUUUUUAGUUCUACAAUAAAUAAAUUCAAACAUAUUCACAAUUUAGUCAUUUAGCUUAAAAUCUUCGAUCUUGCAUUAACCAGUACAAUUAAUCACUACAAUGAGUAGCAUAAUUAGAGUCAGUAGUAACCGAAGAAGUCGAUAGAAAUGUCAGCGCUUCGAGGAAUAUAAGCUAUUGAAGUCCCCAGCACUAGAGACUAUCGACACCUUUUCUCAAGGGCGAAUUUGCGUUCCCUAUAAUUUUUUAAGACGUGUUGUGUGUUUUUCCUUGUCACUUUACAUGUUUACCUAUGACCUUGUGUUCCACAGAGAGAAUAAGUUGGUUCCUUGCCAGUACAGCUCUCUGAGAAACAAAAUGGGACUUCUUGACUAAUAAUCUACGGAAAGACUAUGUGAUCAAUCUAGGUGAUGAUCAAAAAUCAUAUAAAGUUAUAUGCUAUGCUAACACUUUAUGUUCUUUUAAAAACAAUUCAGCUGAAGAAAAUAAGAUACUCUUGGUUAAGAGCAUAUUCUGAAGGAAGAUGAAUAAAUAUAGAAUGUGAAAUGGACAAUGGUAGAAUAUAGAGUUCUAACACUAAAUAAAGG